AAAGCGCAACACCUUCACACGAUCGCAGGCGAGGCUAUGAACAACGCCGGGUGAGAAAGAAGGAGAGUCGUGAACGUGUUAGGAAUGGCCCACGCAUGGCGGAGAACUGGACACCCCGUUCGCAACAAGUUCAACUCCCGCCUACCCGUGAAGACGAUCGACUGGACUCUGCCAUCACUUCUCGCUUUCUACCGUCCUCUCCCAAGCGAGACAACGACCGUCUAGACCGUAUCCCCUUCCCGCCGAUCAAUGAAACAUCCCAGGAUAUGCACAAGAACGAGAACCUCUACAUCCAUGACACCACGUCACCCUCCCAAUCGGAUGGACAGAGCAUCUUUCAUCUGGACUCCGCACAUCGCGGCCCUGAGCACUUUCACAUUCCGCGAAUUCCUGGGGAGAGUCAGGCUCCUCGUUUGAUGAGCAGCCAUAAUCGCAACACACAGUCUCAGGCCCAGGCAGGGCCUAUGCGUCAUGCACAACCACUACCUGGGAACUUCCAUCGCACCUUGGAAGAAACACGACCACGGCGUGCCCAAAUUCAACAUAAAAACCUUGCAACUGCAUGUGUACCCACCCGAUCGACCCACUCAUCCCCUCAAAGACCGAUUGCAAACGAAACCCAGAUCAACGCCGCAGUAUCUGCAGCGAGCCACACCGGCCUAGCACAAGAUUGGGCGCAGAGGGAACGCGUUACGUCACAUGGGUCCUCCAAGCCGGGUGAUUCUAUUCCGCCCAUACAAGCAGAAUGUAGAGAAUCCCGUCACGGCGAUGCACGCGGGUCUCAGGCAGCCAUCCCACAAGGGCAAAUCUCUCCAGCACGAAAACGCCACCUCAACGUCGGCACCAUCUACGCCGAACUCGAGCGCACCCGCCGCGAACUGCAUGAAUGCCGCGCGCGCGAGAAACAAUUGGAGAAGGACUACGAGGCCCUUCGCGCCAAGUACGAGCGACGGGGAGGGAGCACGUCCUCGACGGAGACGGCGAAACACAUCGCCGUCGCCGCGCGAGCGUUCGAUGAGUGCGGGACCAUCCGAGCCGUGAAAGGGGAGGAUGAAGGGGUAAGGUUCACUUUGACGGAGUCCAGGGAUAAGAGAUGGGGGAUGAUCGAGGAACGGGACUUGGGGAUGAAAUGGUCGGAUGCGGAGAGGGUGGCGAGCUUUUGGCGGGCGAAGGUGGAGAGGCUGAAACGGGCGGAACGGAGGAGGAGCGAUAGUAAGGUCGACGGCUAGGGCCCUGCAAGGAGAGCAUCCAAGGGACAUAUGUGAUUCUGUUCUCCGUGUCACGGAAGUGCCUGGGUUCCGGCAUUCGCUCCUCGGUUGGAGGGAAAGGCGAGGGAUAAGGAAAACUAGG